UAAUAGUUGUGAAAAUAAUUAUUUGAACAAUAGUUUGCAACGCAGAAGCCACCUAGCUCGAUAGCAUUUACCUGAAGUAUAUUUUCCUGCUCUGGGCCAACAUCCUUGAGUGCUUGGGCUCGGUUUCCCUGAUUCGAUUAAGUCAACUUCCCGCACUUCCAGCUGGAGAGCAGGGCAAACCCAAUCAAAAUCAAAUCAAACGGUCGGUUGGGGCACUGGAGCAGCGAUAGGGAGCUGAUAAGGCAGGCCCUUGUGAGUGCCCCACAUAUAAGAGAGAUGCCUCCAUCGACGGGCUAUUUGUAUUUCAGAACGAGAGCAACCAUGCCUGGAGCACCUUGGGUAUCCGUGGCUUUCGUGGCCUGUUUAAUUGUUGCAUCCGUAAACGCCAAUGGCUUCAGCACCCAGUACAAGGGUCAUACGCAGCACCCAACAAUUCCGGAGCACUGCCUCUACGAGGAGCUGGAUCUAGCUGUUCCACUCCAUGGCUACCUUCUGCCCACCGGACACCAGGACUACUGCAUCCGACUGGAGUGCACCGACGACUACCUGCUCCUGAUCCGACACUGCGACAAGGCGCCAUAUCCUCGACCCGGCUGCCAGUACUCCGCCAGCGACUACGACCUUGAGCAUCCCGCCUGCUGCCCCCAACUCGAGUGUUCCGGCGGAUUCUAGAUAUAAGACUACAGCAGGCUUCAAAAUAAUAGAUUAGUUAGGGCGGAAUAGGUGUCAUAUAAGUAUACACAUUUUAAAAUAUAAAUAUAAAUAAAUCCCCUUUCAAGAAAUAGCACUAAUGGUAAUAUCACCUAUUUAGAGAUCUUAAAAAAAUAUAUGUGUACCUUACUUUGGUGAAA